AGCUUAAACCACAGGGUCCUUGGUAGAAGGACCUCAGCAGACGUAAACAUAAAAAAGAUGUUUGUUAACGGAAACUAACGUUCAAUUGCCGAUUUCAGUAGAAUUUACGUCUCUCAAACGCACCUUUGACUACGAAGCGAUGGCAGAGGAAAAUGAACUGGAGAAGCGUGCAGUAGAGGAGCUCCUAAAGGAGACGGACAGGGCUCGAGUGAGAGCAGAGACCAUGGGCCCUGCCGGAUGGUUGAAGUGUCCCCUGCGCAGCACCAACAAGCGCUUCCUCCUCAACACCCUGCGCUCCACCGGCCUGCAGCAGCAAACCGCAGAGUCCACAGACGUGAACUCCACCGCGAGAGGGCGCCUGAGGAGCGACUCCCCCGACAGAAGCCGCAACCGCAGCAGAACACCUCCCAGAGAUCCCGGAGGUAAAGGAGGCCACGCGGACCGCAAACACCGCCGCGGGGACAGCGGCAAUAACAAAGAUAAGAAGCCGGAAAGAGACAAAGAGAGGAGUUGCAGACACGGAGACGGCAGAGACGGGAGACGUGGAAAAGACGGCCGGGACAGAGCCAGAGGCGGACUUCAUGAAUGAAGACUUCUGUUCAGGGGAGGAACACUGAUUUUACAGAUUGCCACUCCCUGUACAGGCCGCACUCCGGUGGACGCUCCUCACGGAGCAGCUGCCACACCUCACUAGCCGACCAAGAGAAUAGUUCUGUGCACCUGGCUGAGAAGACGUUGAAGAUUUUAUUUCUGAUGAUAGAUAUUUAUACACGGAAGUUGACAUGGUUUAUUUGUUUUUAUUAAAUUCCUCAUAAAGCCAGUAGCCAAGAUGA